GGUAGCUAGUAAUUUGAAAGUAGCUGUUAAAGUUACCUCAAUUUUAUACCUAGAAAUGAAUAUCGGUGGUUUUAAUGUACUUAACAAAUCAGUAAUUUAGAUCUUUAGAUUCUACAGAUUAAUUCAUUCUUGCAGCGGUUACCAAGCCAAAUGUAUCAGUUGCUAUAGAAACCCACGCAGAUCAUUUUUGCGGAUGGGAAGCGAGCAAACGUUGGCGUUCGUUUCAAAUGUUCAACCAGAGGCUGUAGCUGCUACUUUUCCAUAGCAAAUGUAGGUUAACGUGAACGUUAUCCGUUUGCUAGUUAUCGGAACGUUUUGGCUGUGAAGUUGCCUAGCAUUUCGUGCAACAUUUGUUUUGCUUCGGUUUCAAAAGUUCGCAUAAGGUUUGGCUUGGCUUGGCACAGCAGUUCACGGUCAUGUCUUCAUUUGAAAGCCUGAACGCGUUACGAGAGCAGAACAAAAACUUACUGAAACGACUGCAAGAACAGACAGAAAAACUGAACAGCCUUUGUCCCCCCCCUACGACCCCAAACACCACCACAACAAGGACGCAGCAGCGAAUUCUUCGAGCAGAUAAGAACAAUGGAGAAGUUAUCACGGACGUGGUCAUUCCAAGCCAUCCAGUUCACGCUCGGGUUGCGCUUAGUAGACUACAGACACAAGAACCAUCACCUUCUAGGACACCCAUCAUAGACUCGGUGUCAUCAGGAGAAGCCUGCAUAACGUCAACUCCUUUCCUAAAUGAUUGUCAACAACAACAGCCUGGCCAAGCGGAGGAAGAGCCAGUGUAUUCCAGACUUUUGAGGGACGAUGGGAAUAUUCGUCACAUCGAGUCAAGGGAGAACAUAACUCUAAAAUCCAUCCUUAGGCAGGACAGUUUAAGGAGGGAGGUCAGCCGAGUCACCUUUCAGGCCACGGGAGAGGACCCGUCACUCACACCCGACAGGCGUCGAGUGCAGCCAUUACUGGGUUAUGACUGGAUUGCAGGCCUUCUGGAUGCGGACAGCUCCCUGACUGAACGAUCCGAGCAGUUCUUCAGUGAACUACGCAACUUCCGUCAAGUCAACAAAGACGAGUGUGUCCACAGUCAAUCUUCAGGCCUGUCAAAUGCAGAGGUUGCAAUCUCAGAUGAAGGCGAACUCCAAAGCAAGGCAGAUAGUCAUCAGUGCACCUUCUGCUACCGGAUCAACAACCGGCUGUUUGCCGCUCCCCUAGAUCCUCAGGUGGGCUGUCCGGUGUGCAAGAUGCCCAAAUCCAAGCACCCUCACACUGUAUCAGAGCCUGCCUUCAUCAGGGUCAGCAUUCCUCGCUCCACCCUGUUGCCCGCUUACCGCUACAAAGCCCACAGGCGCUGUAGCUUUGAUCCGUCAGACAGCCUGGGCCUGCCAUCACAUUGUCUGUCAGGAUGGUCGAAUACACCACCCAGCACAAUCCCACAUAUGAGCAGCCUGGAUCUGCGCAGCUCAAUGGCCUCUGCAGCUGACUCCUCAGCAAAUGCAGAUACUUUGUUGAAUGAAUCUGUUUUCAACGGCCGGAGUUCUGAUGACCUACUCGACACGUCUCGCCUGGCCCGCUACCGCUUUCAGCACUUGCCUCAGAGCCGUUGCAAACUUCGCACAUCUUCGUACCCUGUGUAUUAAUCAUCCACGUUUGAAGAUCCAGACACCCCAACAUCCAAGCCAAGGCGACCUGGCGUCUGGACAAUGAGCUGCUGUCCGAGUGGCCCAUGUGGAUGAGAGGGUGAUUCUAGUUCACUCUAAUUGACAUCAUACUGGUCUGUGACAUAGUUUAGGCAUAACCAUGAUUGCAUUUGAAUAUUUAAUAAGUUGAGAGGGUUAAUAGCCUGUAGGUUUAAUGGAAAUAGGUGGGAAUCACCCCUAAAUAUGUCACCGUGUGUGUGUGUGUGUGUGUGUGUGUGUGUGUGUGUGUGUGUGUGUGUGUGUGUGUGUGUGUAAGCAGACAUUUCUUGGGAUAAAAUGUUGAUCCUGACAGUUCAGGGGCCCAAGCAGCGUCGAUUUGUUGGCUAGCCCACUGAAUUUAAUGUGUUACUAUGAAUUUAUUGGCCUGCUUAAACGUAUUCUGUCUCCUGAUAAUUGUAUGAACUGGAUUUGUCUGGACGUAGACUGUUUAAUGAAGUCACAAAUUAAAUAAUAAACGAAUAACUUUGAUGUAAACUU